ACUGAUGAGUGAGUGGUCUGCGGCUCUGCCGUUUCCAGUCGUCCAACGAGGAUAUGUUCGCUUCUAGGUUAUUUUCUCGGUUUUCGAGGAACAGUUUGACUCUCUGCAGAAGUGUCGUCAAUUCUCCACAAGAGAUACUCGUCCUGUCCACUUAUUUUCACUCUUUUUGUGGAUCCACUACUAAGGUUUUUGGCUACCGUGAACAUUAUUCUUGGGGUUUGUGUGCCCUCCAUGGUGCUAGGUAUCAAAUUCAUCAUGAUAGCAGGUCUAUGGUUGAGGAGCAGUUGGACCCAUUUUCCCUUGUUGCUGAUGAACUGUCAAUUCUUGCAAAUAGGUUGCGGACAAUGGUGGUUGCUGAGGUCCCUAAGCUUGCCUCAGCUGCUGAAUAUUUCUUCAAGAUGGGGGUAGAAGGAAAGAGAUUCCGUCCCACGGUUUUAUUGUUGAUGGCAUCAGCUUUGAAUAUGCCAAUGCCCAAACCAGCUCCUGAUGGUGUGAUUGAUACGUUACCAGAGAACCUGCGUGCAAAACAGCAGUGUAUUGCCGAAAUAACUGAGAUGAUCCAUGUGGCAAGCCUUCUUCAUGAUGACGUCUUGGAUGAUGCAGAAACAAGGCGUGGUAUUACUUCAUUAAAUUUUGCAAUGGGAAAUAAGCUAGCAGUUCUAGCUGGGGAUUUUCUGCUUUCAAGAGCUUGUGUGGCAUUGGCUUCAUUGAAAAACACUGAGGUUGUGUCAUUACUAGCCAAAGUUGUGGAGCACCUUGUUACAGGAGAAACCAUGCAAAUGACAACAACGUCAAAAGAACGUUAUAGCAUGGAAUAUUAUUUGCAAAAGACAUACUACAAGACAGCUUCUUUGAUUUCAAACAGUUGCAAGGCUAUUGCUCUUCUUGCUGGGCAAACUACAGAAGUCUCUAUGUUGGCUUAUGAAUAUGGCCGCAAUCUGGGACUGGCAUUUCAGCUAAUUGAUGAUGUCCUUGACUUCACAGGCACAUCAGCUUCCCUUGGAAAGGGUUCCUUAUCUGACAUCCGCCAUGGGAUUGUAACAGCUCCAAUAUUAUUUGCCAUUGAAGAGUUCCCUCAAUUACGGGAAGUUGUUGAUAGGGGUUUUGACAAACCUUCAGAUGUUGACCUUGCUCUUGACUACCUUGGCAGGAGCCGAGGAAUACAAAGGGCGAGAGAACUAGCAGCUAAGCAUGCCAACCUUGCUGCAGCAGCAGUUGAUUCUUUUCCUGACAGUGAUGAUGAAGAUGUUCUAAGAUCCAGACGGGCACUUGUAGACCUCACUCACAGAGUCAUCACAAGAACAAAGUGAAAAUGACGUUCUCAAGUGAAGACCGUAUAAAAAGUUUAGGCAAUUUUUUUCUAUCAAUGUCAUCGUAAAAGCCAGCCCUCCAAUUUGUCUCCAAUAUUCUUUUCUCUUUUAAGUUAUC